GAGGCACCAGGCUGAGAGUUAGGUCUUGGAACAUAGGAACUUUAACUGGAAAGGUCUAUAGAGUUAGCGAAGAUUCUCCAAAAGAGGAAGAUUAAUAUAGCUUGUGUCCAGGAGACUAGAUGGAUAGGAGCUAAGGCGCGGGAUGUGGACGGGUUUAAACUAUGGUAUUCUGGGAGUGUGGGAGGCAGGAACGAGGUAGGUAUUUUAGCUGAUAAGGACCUCCGGGAACUUAUGUUGCGGCGACUCUCCAAAUAUAUUGAUGCACCCGUGUCGGAUACUUCAAAAAUGCACUACUUUUGGAGGAUCCGACACACACUCAACGACAUUUUCGGAGAUCCGAGCAGCAUAGCCGGGAACUAAUGGUGGAGGUUAGGAGAGUGAACGACAGACUGAUGACUAUUAAGCUAGUGGGUGGAUUUACUUUGAACAUAAUCCAUGCGUACGCUCCCAAGUAGCUUGGAUGAGGAAGUCCAAAGGCGUUUCUAGGAGGAUUUGGAUGAGAUGGUGCAUGGUAUACCGCGCACAGAGAAUCUUUUUAUUGAAGGAGAUUUCAACGACCACAUUGGAACGAAGUCUGAGGGUUAUGAUGAUGUGCCGUUUGGAGAUAGAAACGGAGGAGGAACUUCACUGCUGGAUUUUGCUAGAGCGCUUGAUUUGGUGAUAGCAAACUUGAGUUUUUCGAAGAAGGUGGAACGCUUGGUCACCUUGCAGAGCUUGGUGGCCAGGACCAGAUUGAUUAUCUACUUUGCAGUAAGUUCGAUAAAGGUCUUUGCACGGAUUGCAAGGCCAUCUCUAGUGAGAACCUCACGACCCUUCAUAAGCUCCUGGUCAUGGACCUUGAGAUCAAGUGGAAGAAGAGGAAGAGGGCGUUGUUAGGCCAACCUAGGAUCAAGUGAGGUGCCUUCACUGGAGACAAAGCGCAGGAGUUGGGGGUUAAGAUGCUGACUAUGGGGGCUUGGAGGAGUAGUGGAGACACGAGCGUUCUGUGGACCACGACCGCGCAAUGCAUCAAGGAAGUUGCUAGAGAGGUAUUAGGGGUCUUGAAGGGCUACUCUAGUGGUCACAAAGGAGGCUGGUGGUGGAAUUGAGAGGACCAAGAAAAGGUGGAAACCAAGAAAGCGGCGUAUCUGAAGCUAGUAGAAAGCAUAGACGAGGAGGAGAACAAGUCGAAUAGGGAGUGGUACAAGUUGGCUAAGAAGGAAGCGAAGUUAGCAGUUACGGCAGCGAAGACUACAGCAUUUGGUCGUUUAAAUGAAGAACUUGAGGGUAAAGGCGAGGAUAAGAGGCUGUUCAGGCUAGCCAAGGUGAUAGAACGAAAAAUCCGUGACUUGGACCAAGUGAAGUGCAUCAAGGACGAAGAAGGUAUAGUUUUGCUGGAUGAGGUGCAUAUCCGUCGGAAAUGGAAGACUUACUUCCAUAGUCUCUUGAACGAGGAGGACAGAAAUAUUGUUUUGGGUGAUUUGGAAUCCUCCGAGAGUCGUUCUUACCUUAGGUAUGUAGGCGAAUUAGAGUUAAGGUCGUGGGGGCUAUGCGUAAGAUGAGUAGGGGCAAAGCGGCAAAGCGACCGGGCCAGAUGAAAUCUUGGUGGAGUUUUGGAAGAGUGUGGGCAGGGCGGGCUUAGAGUGGCUCACUAGGUUAUUUAAUGUCAUUUUUAGGACGAAAAAGAUGCCCCAAGAGUGGAGGUAGAGCACGAUGGUUCCUUUAUACAAGAACAAGGGUUAUAUCCAAAUCUGCAACAACUAUCGGGGUAUUAAGUUGCUUAGUCAUACUAUGAGAGUUUGGGAGAGGGUGGUUGAGUUAAGGGCGAGGAGGAGUGUGUUGAUUUUCAAGAACCAGUUCGGGUUUUAUGCCGGGGCAUUCGACUACGGAAGCCAUUCACCUUGUUAGGAGAUUGAUAGAAUAGUGUACCUGAGGGAGGUUUUGUGGAGGUAUUUGGGGGCUAAAGGUGUACCUGUGGCCUACAUUAGAGCGAUUAAAGACAUGUAUGAUGGAGCGAAGACUUGGGUGAGGACAGUGGGAUGGGACUCAAGCCAUUUCCCGGUCAUGAUGGGGUUGCACCAGGGGCCGACACUCGGCCCUUUUUUGUUUCCCCUGGCGAUGGACGUACUGACGUGCCACAUCCAAGGGGAGGUGCCAUGGUGCAUGUUAUUUGCUGACGAGACAUGAGUCGGUGUUAACCCGAGGUUAGAGGUGUGGAGGCAAACCCUGGAGUCCAAAGUUUUCAAGUUGAGCAGGACCAAGACAGAAUACUUGGAGUGUAAGUUCAGUAGUGCAACUCAGGGAGUGGAAGGGGAGGUGAGGCUGGAUUCAUAAGUCAUCCCUAGGAGAGGUAGCUUUAAGUACCUUGGGUCUAUUAUACAGGGGGGUGGAGAGAUUGACGAAGAUGUAACACAUCGUAUUGGGGCGGGAUGGAUGAAACGGAACUUGCUUCCGGAGUUAUGUGUGACAAGAAAGUGCCAGCAAAACUUAAAGAUAUGUUUUAUAUAGCGGUGGUCAGAUCGACUAUGUUGUAUGGGGCUGAGUGUCGGCUAGCCAAGAGCUCUCAUAUCCUGAAGAUGAAGGUAACAAAUGAGAAUGUUGAGAUGGAUGUGCGGGCACACCAGGUUAGAUAGGAUUAGGAAUAAAGUUAUUUGGGACAAGGUGGGUGUGGCCCCUAUUAAGGACAAGAUGCGGGAAGCGAGGCUUAGAUGGUUUGGACAUGUGAGGAGGAGAAGCACAGACGCUCUGCUAAGGAGGCGUGAGGAGUUGACGUUGGAGAGCCUAAGGAGAGGUAGAGGUAGGUCGAAGAGGAAUUGGGGAGAGGUGAUUAGGCAAGACAUGGCGCAACUACAACUCACCGAGCACAUGACCUUGAUAGGAAGGUGUAGAAGUCGAGGAUUAGGGUAGUAGGUUAGGUAGUCUAGAUUGUUCAUACCGGUAGUAUUAGUACGUGCUCUAGUAUUUUGUUGGUAUUAGGUUUCUGUAUCUACCUGUCGUUUCUUGUAUUUCGGUUAUCUUACUAUCUUGUUGUUAUUUAUGCUGCUUUUACAUGGCUUCUCGGUGUUGUCCCUUCUUGUUUUUCUUUUCAUUAAUUCGUUAAUGUGAUGCUUAUGCUUCCGUGAGCCGAGGGUCUAUUGGAAAAAACCUCGCUAUCUCCACAAGGUAGAGGUAAGGUCUGCGUAUACACUACCAUCCCCGGACCCCACUAUGUGGGAUUAUACUGGGUAUGUUGUUAUUGUUGUAGUAGUAGUAGCUGCUGUAACGUGUUUCGCGAAAAUUUGAAUAAUUGGAUGAAGGCAUUGCCUAUGAUAUGGAAAACGAAAGCACCAUCAGAAGUAUCAUUAUUUUUCCGGAUUGCUGCAAUAAAUGCCUGUCUAACUCAAGAUUUGCUCCGGAGGAGGGAUUUAUAAUUUGCAGCAGAGGUGUUAUCUGUGUGAGAAGAAAGUAGAAUCAGCAAUCACUUUCUGAUUUACUGUAGUGCAGCUGGUGAUGCCAAGAAAUGUGCAGAGUUAACAAAAUUCGGAGAACACCUCCGAUGCAUCUUAUGGAUUAUAUGGUUGGAAAGAAAUAGGGGGUGUUUUGAUUGAGAAACGAAAUAGAUAGCAGUUGUGAAGUAUAAAUGCGUAGAGAAUUUGUUUUACUGGCGUAAGGAGAGGGCAGUAGAAGAUUUCUCAGAUGUUUUAGACUUUUUAGAUUCAUUUAGAUGAUUGUACUAAUGCUAUACCUAUUUUGCUGUACCAUCUUGAUACUUUCUUUAAUAAAAUUACGUACCUUGUCAAAAAAAAAAAAGGAUAAAAGAAAAUAAAAGAAUUUUUUUUAAAAAAAUAGUGCAAAAGAUAUUGGUAGUUAUUUAGGCUAAUAACUCGACUUUGUGAUGAUUACUUGACAAGGCCAGAGUUGCACUUGAUUCAGAAUUUGUGUUACUAAGUUCACAUUAUUCAAUCUACUGAAUACUUACAAAAAUUAAGUUGUGUUUCAGGGAAAAGUUUAACAAAUUGUUGGAUCCACUCUACGAGAUUCUAAGGAGGGAAAUACGAGUCUGGUCACUAACUUUGAAUCUGAUAAAUCAGCUGCAGAAUAUGCGAAGCUUUACAGAGAUGAUGGACUUUUAGGUGGUCAUGUUAUUAUGCUUGGAGUAGAUCCUUUGAGCAUAUCAGCUGCAAUUGAGGCAUUGCAUGCUUACCCUGUAUGUUUUUAACAAUGGGCAAAUGGACCUUGAGAGACUGAAGGAACUCUCUCGUGUUGUUGGAAAACAAAGGCUUGUUUUGGAUCUUAGUUGCCGGAAAAAGGAGGGUGAAUAUGUAAUUGCUACAGACAGAUGGCAGAAGUUCAGUGAUGUACAUCUCGAUCAGAAGCUUUUGGAUUUUCUUGCGCAGUAUGCUGAUGAGUUUCUGGUUCAUGGAGUUGAUGUUGAAGGCAAAAAGCUGGGAAUAGAUGAGGAACUUGUGGCAUUGCUCGGCAAGUACUCCCCUAUUCCUGUAACAUAUGCCGGAGGUGUUACUAUAAUGGAUGAUCUGGAAAAGAUCAAUGUUGCAGGGAUGGGGCGUGUGGAUGUCACAGUAGGCAGUGCUUUGAAUAUAUUUGGAGGUAACUUAUCAUACAAAGAUGUUGUGGCUUGGCAUUCACAGCAGUAUCAGUUGGCAAAGGCAUCCUAAUUUCUCAUUGCACUUUCAGACUUCAAUUUAGUGCUGAUUAUAGACUAUAUGUAAUUUUCAGAUUAUGAGAUUGUCAGGGGGAUGCUACAUGAAUUAUGAUCUUGAAUUCUUUUUGCCCAAUAAUGUCUAUUGUCAUGAAGGUCAAAAUUUGCUCGUGCUAUACGAAGUUACUCAAUUUUGCCCACUAUUACAUUUUUGGUUCAUUCA